AUGAGUGGUAAACUAUUCAUUAUUCUCCUUUUGGGAGCUUGUUUUGUAACUAUCGUAGAUUCUAGCAGACGACCAAGGAAUGACGUACCUGACGAACCGAGCUGUGAGGAUGAGGAUGAUAAUGACAACAAUUACGAUUCUCAAGGAAGGCCGAGAAGAGUUGGAGCAAGUAGACCAACGAUACGGAAGGUACACAUCGAUGAUUGGGAUGUUGUAGAAGAUGAAGAUGAUGAAUCUUACAAUAGAUAUGAAAAUACGAAUCAGGAAGGAAUUUGUAUUUUGGAACGGAAGAAGUGCCCACAAGGAGAUUGGAAGAUGUUUAAGCGUCAAAAUGAAAGUGUAUGUUUGCGUGUGAUGGGAACACCAAACAAAAUAGAUCCACCCACUGCUGCAAGACUUUGUCGUAAAGAAGCAAAUGGUCGACUCAUGACAAUUGAUAAUCAACAAGAACGAGAAUGGAUCAAGUCAACGGCACUCGGAGGUAGUUCGUAUCAUUGGUUGAUAGUGGCAGGAUAUCGUAGUCGAAAUUGUCAAAUGAAACCACAUGAUUGCAAGGAUAAAGAAACGGCAUUUACAAAAGUGAACGGAACAUCUGACAACAAGUUCCUCUAUACGAGAUGGUUUCCGAUUGUUCACAACAGAAUCACAUACUCAGUGUUAGACAACUGUCUCAAUUAUUUCACUCUUCAACCACUCAGCGCUGACAUGCUGAUUCAAGACUUCACGUGUCAUGAUUGGUACAACAUUUUCCUCUGUGGAGUUACAGUUAUGUGA